AUGGCCCGACUUACUUUGCUAGCUUUGGCGUUCGGCCUAUUUGUUUGCAUCGAUGCUGCACCAGGACGUGGCGGUGGCGGUGGCGGUGGCGGUGCUGGGGGCGCCGGCGGCCAAGGAGGUGAUGGCGGGAAGGGGGAAGGUGCGGGUGGCGGUCAGGGGGGCCAAGGCGGAUCCAGUGCUGAAGUAGCGGGUGGCGGACACGGGGGCGGCAGACACGCAGGCGGCGGCUCCGGUGGUCUUGGUGGCGUCAGCGGAAGAGGGGGCAGCGGCGGCGGGUCCGGUGGUCAUGAUGGCGGCAGCGGAAAAGGGGGCGGCGGCGGCGGGUCCGGUGGUCAUGGUGGCGGCAGCGGAAAAGGGGGCGGCGGUGGCGGUGGAGGUGGCUACGGCUACAAGGACGGAUAUGGACCC